AUGGCUGGAUAUCCAAACCAACAAUCAUCUAGGGUUCAUCCACAUCCACAACAAGCUUAUCAGCAACAAGGAUAUUCACCUCAGGGAGGGCACCAAGGGUAUCAGCAAGAAUAUUCUUCUCAGGGAGGACGCCAGCAAGAGUACUCUCCUCAAGGAGGACGUCAGCAAGAAUACUCUCCUCAGGGAGAACGUCAACAAGGAUACUCCCCUCAGGGAGGAUACCAACAAGGAUAUUCUCCUCAAGCGGGACAUCAACAAGGGUAUCAAUCGGAUUACUAUAAUCAACGAAAUAACACUUCAUCACCUGGUGCGGAUUAUUAUAAUCAACGAAAUAAUACUUCAUCACCUGGUGUGGAUUAUCAUAACCAACGAACCAACACUUCAUCACCUUCAUCACCUUCAUCACCUGGUUCGGAUUAUUAUAACCAACGAAACAACACUUCAUCACCUGGCGCAGAUUAUUAUAACCAACGAAAUAACAUUCCACCAGUUAGUGUACAAAAUCAUUCAUUGCAAAGACAGCAGAAUUGGCCUGAACAUCACGCUGUAAACUUAACUGAUCGUUCUUUUAAUGAUAAGGCUAAUAAAAGAAAGUCCUUCCGCCACAUUGAACUUACUAACGGGAACUUGGUACUUGAUUGUCCGGUGCCAGACAAAGUACUUCGUAACGUGCGUUUUACGAAAGGAGAUGAAUUUGAACAUAUGAGAUACACUGCUGUCACAUGUGAUCCCGAUGAUUUUGUUAAAAACAAAUAUUUGCUCCGACCUCGUAUUUACGGACGAGAAACAGAGCUAAUGAUUGUUAUGACAAUGUAUAAUGAAGAUGAUAAAUUGUUUAUUAAAACCAUGUCUUCUGCUAUCAAAAAUAUUGCCUUCCUUUGCAAAAAAACAAGAUCAAAAACAUGGGGGGAAGAUGGUUGGAAAAAGGUAGUGGUAGUAGUCGUCUCCGAUGGGCGUAAUAAAGUUAAUCAACGUGUAUUAAAAGUUCUUGGAGCUAUGGGUGUUUAUCAAGAUGGAAUUAUGCAAGACAAUGUUGAUGGAAAACCUGUUACUGGGCAUCUUUUUGAAUAUAGUUCUCAAUUAAUGGUUGACAAAGAAUAUGGCAUUCGUGGUUUGGACAAGAAUGUGUCACCUGUACAAAUCUUGUUUUGUUUGAAAGAAAAGAAUGCCAAGAAGUUAAAUUCGCAUCGAUGGUUUUUUAAUGCUUUUGCCGCUCAAUUAAAGCCUAAUGUUUGUAUUUUACUUGACGUUGGCACUAAACCUUCCGGUACUUCGAUUUACCAUUUAUGGAAAGUAUUUAUUAAACAAAUUUUCAUUUAUUUAUUAGCUUUUGAUCGCGAUCCAGGAGUUGGAGGUGCUUGUGGUGAAAUCAAAGCCGAACUUGGAGCUGGAUGGAUGAACCUUAUUAACCCAUUAAUUGCAUCCCAAAACUUUGAAUAUAAGAUGUCCAACAUUUUAGAUAAACCUUUAGAGUCUGUUUUUGGAUAUAUUUCCGUGUUGCCUGGUGCUUUCUCAGCUUAUAGAUACCAAGCAUUAAUAAAUACUGCUCCUGGUAAAGGUCCUUUGGCUUCAUACUUUAAAGGUGAAGCUAUGCAUGGUGCUAAUGCUGCUAGUGCUGGUAUUUUUGAAGCAAAUAUGUAUUUGGCUGAAGAUCGUAUUUUAUGUUUUGAACUUGUUGUUAAAAAACAUGAAUCUUGGAAAUUGAAAUAUGUUAAGUCUGCUAAAGCUGAAACUGAUGUUCCAGACAAUGUAGCUGAAUUUAUUUCCCAACGUCGUCGUUGGUUAAAUGGAUCUUUCUUUGCAGCUUUCUAUUCUAUUGCACACUUUACUAGAAUUUGGUCUUCUGGUCAACCUUUUUACAGAAUGAUCUUGUUACAAAUAGAGUUUAUUUAUAAUGCUAUUAAUUUAAUUUUCAAUUGGUUUGCUUUGGGUAAUUUCUAUUUGGCAUUCUUCUUCUUAACACAGUCUACCUUCGCAACUAUCGGUAAACAUGGAAGAGAAAUGUUUAAUUUUGCGCGUUCUCUUUACGUGAUGGUUAUAAUCACAGUUUUCAUCUGUUCUAUGGGUAACAGACCUCAAGGAUCAAAAAGGAUAUAUACGUUGUGUAUAAUUGUGUUUGCAUUCCUAAUGUUGACAAUGAUGGGCUGUGCUGCUUACACUGUAUAUUUAAGUUUCAAAGAUACUAAUCUCAAAAGUUACACGGAUAUCAAAAACGCGCUUAAUCAAGCAGCGUUCAGAGAUAUUGUAAUUUCAUUACUAUCAACUUAUGGUCUUUAUUUUGGUGCCUCAAUAAUUCACUUUGAACCCUGGCAUAUGAUUACCUGUUUAAUUCAAUAUACAUUACUUAUUCCAUUUUACGUUAACAUCCUAAUGGUUUACGCGUUUUGUAACACACAUGAUGUUUCAUGGGGAACAAAAGGUGAUAAUGGAAACGCUGGUUCAUUAGGAAGUGCCCAGGCGGUAUCUGGUAAAGAUGGGAAACAAAUGAUGAAAGUAGAAAUGCUUCAUGAACGUGAGGAUAUUAAUUCGGCAUAUGACAAUUUGGUUAAAGAUCUUAGAAUUAAAGUACACGAAGAAAAAAGUCAUAGAGAUGCUGCAACUAAAAAAGAAGAUUAUUAUAGAAUGUUUAGAACUAACCUUGUUCUGGCUUGGAUGUUUUCUAAUGCUAUUCUAGUAGUGUUCUUUACUUCUGAUAGUUGGAAUGACAUUGCGAAAAAAAUAACUGGAGAAGAUAACGUUGCCUUUAACCCAUAUUUAACCUUUAUGUUGGGCUCUGGACCAAAAGUACUUAUAAACUGGACCACUGGACCUAUAAGUCCAGUUCCA